AUGCUCCAGUUUCUACCGCAGGAUAGCAGAGAGUCAGAAUGGUUUGAGAGUACAAACAAAGAUGGCACUCAAUGGGCACCAGUUACUGGGAAUACUGGUGGUUUCUAUGUUAGUGAUCUGCCUACCGAGAAACUAGAUGAGGUAGCAUGUUCCAUUGGUAUAGGUGUUAUCGCUGAUCUAACUCGUGAUAAGCAUCCGACUGGAAAUUCGUACUGUUGUGGUAAGAAACAUGAUGGGCAAAAAGUCUCUGUUAGUGUUGGUUCUGGAUCAGUUGCAUCUAAAAUUCCAUAUUUCAGGCGUCAUAUUGGUGGUGGAACUACACUUUCUGGUAUUAAGUAUUAUUAUAAUGGUAAUAGGAGGAGUAUAACAGGUUCAGAGUUAAGCUUUCCCAUAUAUGGUCCAGUUAGUGUUUAUACCUUCUAUUGUACAGGGAAGGACCCCAAGCUGAUCUGUAUAAAAUAUGAAGACCGUAAGGUUAAUAAGUGGUUCAAGCAAAGAAAUAGUAACACAUGGGAAGAAGUUUUUGGUAUUUCAAAGGACCCAGAGAACAUUAAAGACUGUAAGGAUGACGACUUUAGACAACUUGUGGAUGCACUAGGUUGUGGAAUCUAUUCAACAUGUUCUGACUCUUCUGCUCCUACUCCUUCUCUAUCCUCAUCUCAAAAAGUUACUGGUGCUGCUGGACCUAAAGGUCCUGUAGGACCUGCUGGUAAUAAUAGUGAAGUUGGUCAAGAUGGUGCUAGAGGACCUGAAGGACCUCCUGGUCCAGGAGGAGGUGGUGAAGAAGGUAUUCCUGAUCUUACUGGACCUGGUGAAGAACCUGCUACUCCUCUUUCUCCUGAUCAACCUCAACCUGUUAUUGGUCUUCCUAUUGCUACUAUUCUCACUGGUGUUGGCACAUAUGGUGGCGCUUUUGCCGGAGCUGGUGGUCUUACUGGAUUUGGUUGGUGGAUGUUUAAACGCUAG